AUGAAUAAAGAUACGUUUUUGGCGAACGCAAUGAUUGGCGUGUCAGCAGAUGAUCAGGCUGUGAAUGACCAACUGGUGGAGUUGGAAUUGUACGAGCUAACCUCGGGUCAUCAGCUGAUCGAUCCAAAAAGUUGUCCCACCGGUAUUGGAGUAUCAUCGUACGACGAAUAUUAUACCCAAUUCCUUGGCUUAUACAUACUGAAAAUGGAUUUGCUCAAUGCCAAGUUUUUAUGGAAACGAAUUCCCGUUCCCGUAAAGGAAUCCAGUGCGAAUUUGAAAAUCUUGUGGAAUAUAGGAAAAUUGUUGCUACGAAAAAACUAUUCCAAAUUUUUCGAAACCGCCUCUCAGAUUAUUCAGCAACCGAACAAUCAUCAUCCAGAAUCUCUGAUCUAUAUAGUCACCCAAAUCGGUCAACGUCAGCAACGCCACCUGGUCGAUUUGAUCACCUCUGCUUAUUCAUGCAUUUCCGUGGAAUUUGUGGCCAGUCUGUUCUGUAUUCCUGUAAAGGAUGUGGUCAGUCUGUUUGUUCCUCAGCAGUGGGAACUGACAGCUAAUGGAAAAUAUCUGUCGUUAACACAACAACCGUCCACGAUGUUAGAAACACCUCCAGCAAUCCUCUCCUCGCCACUUCUCGAGACGAACCGUUCUGGUCUGAAUCCGCUCACCAUUCGAUGCCCGGCCUGUGAGCUUCGAUUGGCCACAGCGUUCGAGCUGAGAAAGCACGCGAUUGCGGAGCAUUUGGCCUCGCUUGAUGUGCACAAUCAGAUGGACAUACCGUGUUUCUCAUGUGACGUGUUCACCUGUGCUAUCUGUGGCGUCGCCAGUUCCGAGUGUUCUGCCGUCGAGCAUCACUUCCGUGCUAACCAUUCCGCAUUUAUCAAUGAUCCUAUAAAGGUAUGA